AUGGCACUUGAAGACCCGCAAGAGACCAGCGAGCUGGAGGACGAGGCGUCUGUUCAUUCUCCCAAGCAGCACAAUGUUCGCGCGUGGAACGCCUUCAUUUCCAUCGCAUGCCUGGCAUCGGUAACGCUGUCUCUGUAUGAGCUGUUUUUCAACUCUACUGUCCCAGGAAUCAUCUUCACAAGAUACUCUCUUGAUCUGAUCUUCGUCUUUAACAUCAUUUCACGCUUUUACAUCGGAUACGAAAGUCAUGGAGUGGUUAUAACAGACCCUAAAAGAGUCCGGAAAAAAUACCUUAGGACAUGGUUUUUUCUGGAUCUCUUGUGCAUUUUACCCUUUGAAACAUUGACAAUGGCUUUCUCUCAGCUGAAGUUUAUGCAUGCCAAUAGGUGUCUGAGAAUUUUCAGAUUGUUUGGUAUAAUAUCCAUGUUCAGUAAGGAACCAGACACCAACAAACUUCAUCUAACAGCUUUCAAAGUGUUUUCCAUCAUGGUCCUAUGUAUACACGCCUCAGCAUGCCUUUGGUUUCAUCAGGUGUGUGAUCCCACUUACGCUGAUAAAGUAAGGUAUUGCCCCAAAGCGGGGAACUGGUUGCAGCUACUGCCAGAAUUUUCAACCAAUUCGACAGGAAUUACAGACAUGGAGUUCUAUGCUACAACACUUUACUGGUCAACUAUCACACUAUGCUCCAUAGGCUAUGGAGAUAUACAUGCCACAAAUUUGGAAGAGGCCACAGUUGCAUCAUUUGUGAUGGUCCUCGGACUGCUUUCCUUUGGAAUCAGCAUGUCUAACAUGAGCUCAGUUAUAUCCAACAUGGUUGCACAAAGAGGAAGGUUCUACCACAGAGUGAAUGCUAUUCUUCAUUACAUGAGACAAAUGGGGUUACCAGAAGAAAUCCAGAAACGGGUGCACAAACAUUAUUACAAUCUUUGGUUCCACCAGAGAGGCCGCAACAUUGCAGGACUUAUGGAUGACCUCCCAUUUGUCCUGCAGUCAGAUGUUUCAAGUUGUUGUUACAAAUCUGUUAUUGAAAAUGCUAAGUUGUUCAGAAAAACAGAAGAUGGCUUCAAAAGGGCUCUAGCAUUGAAAUUAAAAACAUGCACAUACAGUCCGGGACAAAUUCUUGUUGAAACUGGAGAAAUUAAUCAAAAACUGUAUUACAUUAAUCAAGGACUUGUACAGGUUUUUGGUAGGAACCCAGAGAAUGCAAUGGCAAAACUGCUACCUGGCUCAUUGUUUGGAGAGGUCCAUUUGCUGUAUGAAAUCCCUAGAAAUGUUACAAUAUCUGCAUUAACAAAAUGUGAAAUUAUCAUUUUGGAACGCAAGGAUUUGCUUUUACUCUUUGCUGACUACCCUAAAGCUGCUGUUGAGAUUGCCAGAGCUGCCAAGAAACGUCUUCAAAACUUCAGACAUCCCCUUCGAGAAGCAUGCGCUUAUGGAGUUGCAUCUGUCCCGCAAAAUGCUGUUUUCGAAAAGGACCAGAGCAUCAACCUUGAGUCUUUUUGGAAGAGAACUUUCCACCCUGAAAGUGCUUUUGUAAAGGUCUGGAGGUUUUUCUUUUUCUGGUGUAUCACUGUUUCAGUUUUCCUGGAGAUAUGGGUGUUUUUUUUCACCAACAAUCCAGAAUCAAAGGGGCUUUUCACAGGAAGCUGGGGUGCACUUUACCUGUUAGUUGGUGGCCUGAUUUACAUUGUUGCUGCAUUUGACAUACUAGUAAAUCUUCGUACUGGAGUAAUUACAGAAAACGAACCCGUGACAGAUUUAGCGGCAAUAUUUCGAGUGUAUCGAAAGUCUUGGAACUUGUAUUAUGAUGUCCUUGCAGUUUUACCUUUGGAUUUGAUUGUGUUUGCUUACGGCGGUACAGAACACUGGACAAUUUCAGGCCUUGUCAGGCUGAAUAGACUCAUUUGGGUUCGCAGGAUUUAUCAGUAUUUCUGCCAAAAAGAAUGUGACAUAUAUAAGAACCUUUUUGAGGAGAGGACAACAAAAUGCCUCUAUCUCCUGAUUUUCACUAUUCAUUUUUGUGCUGGCAUGUUGUACUUGUCUGCCUGCGAUGAUGAAAGAUGUAAGGAGGAGUCAUGGGCAUGGAAUAUUGGGCUUAAAUCUACUCAGUCCAAUUUUGAACAUUAUAUAUCUGCAGCAUAUUGGUCAAUUACAACCAUGACAAGUGUUGGAUAUGGAGACAUUGUACCUGGCUCUUUGGUAGAACAAUGUCUGGCAGCAGUUGUUGGUAUUGUUGCUUUGCUGGUUUUUAACUAUAUCAUUAGCCAGCUUUCUGCCACUCUAUCUGGUGAAAAUGCUAAGAGGGUGGCUUUCCAGAAUCUUUUUUCAGAAAUGCGUCACUUCAUGAAGCAACAUGACCUCACAGUUUUCCUACAGAACAGAGUCAUGAAUUAUAUGAAUCUCCUGUGGACCAAAUAUCAAGGUGAAGCCUUUCCAGGAGGACAUUUUUUAAUGCACGAUUUGCCAUUUGAACUCAAACAGAAUGUUCUCAUGGCAGAGAGAGGGGACCUUCUGUCACAGAUUCCUUACUUUGCAGAAGCUGGGCAGUCAUUUAUACGGGACCUUGCUUUAACGUCAGUCAUGUACUUUUUUCCUAAAGGGGAAAUCAUUCAGUACAGUAAAACUAUCACAAGAGAGCUCUUUUGUAUUCGGAGGGGAACAUGUGAGAUUUUGAAUGAUAAUCUUUCAGAAGUUGUUGGACAUUAUCAGAAGGGAAUGCAUUUUGGAGAGGCAGGUUUUUUGUUUGGAAAACAAGCCACAUUGACAGUACGUGCUGUGACAUGCUGUGAAAUUGUAGUCAUUGAUUUUGAAAAGAUCAGAGUACUUCUUGAGAAAUAUCCCCUGCUUAAAAGGAAAGUUGAAGAAUUCCAGUCAGAACCAAAAUGCUACACAACGUUGGUGGAGACUGCAGAAAAAAUACUAAAAAGGCAGUCCAAAGAAUCUGAUGUUGCACAGAGGCGAAAAUGCACAUUAGAAUUUCAAGGACGUAGAUUUUCCAAGAAGACAAAAUGCUAUGUGGAGGACUUCGGAAACAUUCCAAUGUAUGCUGGAUCUGAGGAAGACAAUGUUCCAAUGGGACGAUUGAAACGACAUAGACCAAAGACUGUAAUGGGAAACAUUGCAUAUUUCUUCUUGUGGUCAUGCCCAUCAACUUUCCUAAUGAGGAAAGCCAUUUUGCCCAGCAGUGCAUUUUACGUAAGAUGGGAAUUUUUCCGGAGCAUGUUAGCGAUCGCUGUCAGCAUCAUUACCUCGUUGCUUUUUUCAUUUCUACACUAUAGAACGGAGCUGUGGAUUGUUUGUUACUUACUUGGAUUGUGCUGUUGGGUGGACAUUUAUCUCCGCAUGCAUGUUGCUUUCUAUGAAGAUAAUGAUCUCAAAGUUGACACCUUGGAAACAGCACAUCAUUAUAUCAAAACUGGGUUCCUUGUAGAUUUCAUAACCUGCUUUCCUUGGGAACUUGUGAGUUGGAUCGUCAUUUCACCGUUUGGUGAGAAUGGAUUUUAUGCCAACGAUGAAGCUUUGCAUCUUUAUGCAUACUUAAGGAUUCCACAUAUUUUCCAGUUAUAUCGCGUUCCCUUUGCUUUUUCAUUUUUGCAAGUUGACAUUUCUGCUGAAAGGAAUGUCAUUACUGUUUUGAAAUUGUUGCUAUAUUCUGGUCUUUUCUUGCACUUUGCCACUUGUAGUGUCUUUGCAGGUGCAUGCCCUGCUGCAGAACUUUAUGGAAACAUAAGUAACUAUUUAUUACCAGUGAUAAAGCACAAUUGUACAUUAGUUUCCUGGGUGACACACUUGGACAAUUCAUUUGAUGUCAAUUUUAGCACGGUUACUUUCCAGCAGUUGUAUUUAAUGAGCUUGUACUUUGUAACCACAACGGUAUGUGCUGUAGGAUUUGGGGACAUCCAUCCAUCUCUAAUUGCAAUGAAAGCCGGUAUGAGUUUCAUUAUGAUUGCUGCGAUGCUGUUUAUCGGCUGGUUGUCAGGCACUGUGACUUCUAUGCUGGCAAACACAGAUGCUAUGAGAGCUGCUUAUACAGAGAAAACCGAGAGCAUGAAACUUUUCUUGAAGAGCCACAAAAUAACCGGGGCUUUAUAUGACAGCGUCAUUAGAUUUUACAUAUUUCGAUGGAAACUCACAAAAGGAUUUGACCAGGAUAAACUCAAUGAGUAUUUGCCAUCUUCACUAGUCUGUGAUAUAUCAACAGUUCUUUAUGCUGAUUUUAUAGCAAAGGUGUUUGGUCUUAAUAUCCAGAUCAAGAAAACACUCGAAUCUGAGACAUGUCCUUUGUCUCCAGUGGCAAUAACCAAAGCAGGGAAACUCAAUGAAGGACCAUUAUUUGAGACGAUGUUAACAAAGGAGCGUCUUGAGGAGUUAGAAACUGAUGGAUGUUUCAUUCGCUUAUUAGCCAGACGAAUUUCCCAGUCCUUGUUCAGAGCCAGUGAUCUCAUAUAUAAGAAAAAUGACUAUGGAUCAGAGAUGUAUUUUAUCCACAAAGGAGAAGUGGAGGUUUUAUCAAAGGAUAAUACAGCAGUUCUUUUCAAACUAAAAGCUGGACAGUAUUUUGGAGAGAAAAGUUUGCUGUUAGGAGAACCAAGACCUGCUACAGUGAGAGCUGCAACAAACUGCGAGCUGUACGUGUUAUCAAAGAAAAACCUUGAUGAAGCAUUGAAAUAUUACCCUAGUAUUUUUGAGCAAGUGCAAAAUUCACUUGACAAUAUGAAGUAUCAGUUACACAAAGGAGAUCUUCAGAUGAACACAUUUACAAAGCCCGGCUCUGACCUUCGGACUGGAAGUGUAAAACUGUACAGGGAACACAUGGCUGAGGAAGAGCACAGAGCUCAACUCCGUUCUCGUUCUUUGGGCAUUAGACUAUGCACAUCAAUCUCAUCCAUGCUCAUCCAGUUCUCCCAGAAGAUUUUUAACAACAUGAGAAGAAUCCACAACAAAACCAUUGAUCCUGAGAACAAUUUUCGAGUGAUCUAUCAGUACACAUCCUGUCUGCUGAUAACAGUUUUUUUCUGGGCAAUAACAUUCAUGCCCACUGUGUUUGAUGUUGACUAUUAUUUAUUCUUGCUCACAAUGGUUGUUGAGUUCCUUCAGAUAAUUGAGAUCAUCCUGAAGUUUCGCAUGUGCUAUUAUGAUGAUAGUGGAACCUAUAUUUCAGAAUACAGAUCAACGUCUCGUAACUACAUGAAGAGGAAAGUGGGAUUUGUUUUUGAUAUGGUUUUUUCAUUUCCAUAUGGCCUUAUAAUUUUUCAUCAGAUGAAAAAGGAGCCAGCAACAUUCUUGCCUAUGAUUAUUUAUGUACGGAUCGCUCACUUGCCACGCAUUAUUUCACUAAUAGUGUUUAUGUGGAAAGAAGAACAAGCAUUAACAAACAAUCUUCUGUGGAUUAGGAUAAUCAAGUACUUUGUACAUUCCUUCCUCUUUGUCCACUGUGCAGCAGUUCUCUGCAUUUCAUUUGUUGAGAGUCAUGGAAUAAUGUCAUGGGUUGCUGAAACAGAGGUCUAUGACUUCACUGAAAUGUAUAGAUACGCCACCUAUUGGAUAUUACAGAUUUACACAACAACAGGUUAUGGUGACAUAAGGGCAUCAAACCUUUUAGAAAUGAGUGCGUGUGUCAUGAUAAUGAUUCUAUCUAAAAUUCAAGUGGUUUAUAAAAUGGGACUUCUCAUCGCUACACAAACCAACAAGAUGACACUGCAGGAAGCCUUUGAGGAAAAAUUGCAGACUAUUCAGUCACACAUGUUGCACGAGAAAAUCCCAUCUACAUUACAAAAUCGAGUGACGCAGUUCUACAGUUACCAGUGGAACCGCACUAAAGGGACAUGCGCUGAGGUUUUGUUCAAAGGUGUCCCUCGCUGUUUGAAAAUGGACAUUGUGUCAAGAAUCUGCAUGCAGCAUUUAAAAAAGCACCAUUUAUUCUCUCGCCUAAGAGAACCUGUCAUGAGGGAGCUUUCCACAAGAAUUCUCUUCCGGUGUUUCCCUGUUGGGGAAUUUAUUUACAAAAAAGGAGACACCGCCACUGGAAUGUACCUGAUAUUAAUUGGCAAAGUUAAUCUGUGUCUGGACACGAGAGGUAAAAACGUCUUCCAGCGUCUCUCUGCCGGAGCAGCUUUUGGGGAUCAUUUUUUAUGGGAACAUAAACACCGUGAAACUGCCAUAGCUGCAAACUACGUAGAUACUGCCAUACUCCCCAAAGACGACUUGGAAGACGUGGCUCUCUUAUGUCCUUCAGUUGGCAAACUGUUAAAGAGAGCUUCUGAAAUGAGAUAG